UGUGUCUGCAAUGCAUGCUGGUGAAUGUAGUCACCAAAAGCGUCAAAAAUGGUGGAUGUUCAGCCUCCACCUUUCCGAACCCUGGACGAUUUUCUGCUGGGUUCGGCCCGAUUCUCGGUGCCUGAUGUCCGUAACUUAGAUCGGUGGAACAACCGCAUCAUUAACAACCUGCUGUAUUACCAGUCCAACUAUUUUGCCUCCGCGGUGGCAUUUCUUCUCGUAGUCGGGUAUUUCCAACCACUCCAGCUGAUUCUUGGGGCAACAGUUGUGAUCCUUCUGUUCUUGGGGUUUGUCUGGGCGGCUGAAAACAAGGCCGUAAUCCGACGAUUCCGGAGAAAUCAUCCAUCGCUCACCCUGGCUGCAAUUUUGGGCUCCAGCUACCUGCUUCUGUCUGUUUUAGGAGGGGUAGCUGUUUUCCUCUCUGGCAUUGCCUCCCCCAUUUUAAUGAUCCUUAUCCAUGCUUCAGUGAGACUCCGGAGCCUUAAGAAUAAACUGGAGAAUAAGCUGGAGAGUAUAGGAUUGAAGAGGACUCCUAUGGGUCUGCUGCUGGAAGCACUGGGACAGGAACAAGAGGCUGGAUCAUAGCUGUAUUAACUAUAACCUAACUGUGCUAUCGCUCACCCCUUCUGGAGCUUCUUACAUGUCCUUAAAAUAUGUAUGAAAACAGAUAUUGGCAAAACAUGUAUGGCAUAUUGCUAAAGUCUCUCAGAAAUGCAGGAAGGGCCCAGUGGACAGGAUUAAAUUAUGAUGCAGUAUAUGAAGGAUAGCAAAAAGUCAAGCAAGAAGUGAGAUUACAGGAUCAGGUGUGUAUAUAGAUGCCCAAAUAUAAAAGCCGCGAUAUAAUGCCUUGUAAAUAGGAUGUAGGUUAGUGUUAUUCAAUCCACAUUUUUGCUUCAUUCUAUGGAUUUAAUUGUGCCUACACUUUAUUCCAUCCCUAAAUGUACUUGAUUUUGUCAAUUGUGUUUGAAGGAUGUCUCUUUGCCUGUUUGUUACAUGACCAAAUAUUCUUUUUAACUGAUUGUUUUGAGUUUUAUUUAAUGUUUCAAGUUGUUUCCAUGUUUACAAGCUGUUUUCACUCUUACAAAGUGCCAAGGUAAAGACUUCUCUGUCAUUGCAACACAAAUUAGUGAUUUAGAAAUUAAGAAAAUUAAUCAUGUUUACAUUAAUGUGGAUUGUGCAUCACAAAUUGGCAUUGUUGGGCAAAAUGGUCUUAUUUUAAGGAGAGAUACGAACUGUAGUCAUAGACAUAAAUUAUCUAAUGAACAUUCAUCUUAAUAUCUUUGAAGGUGUAACGGACCACAGAUUUGGCUGAUUCAGAGAAAUAUGGCACUAUGCUAAUUCUUACUUUAUUUGAAGUAGGCUAUUUAAUAUGUUUGAAGAUCAUUGUUAAGUGUUCAUUCCAUCCAAAAAUUAAGGCAUUUGUAUUUCCUGCAUAUUUAAUGUUUACAACAGCAGCUGCCUUGUAUUUUCAGGAAGUGCUCGUCCAUUG